AUGUCUGACCAAGAACGAGUUUCACCAGUCUUUCACAAUUUGGCCUGUGCCACUGACUCUGACAGGGCAUCUCCCGUGUCAACUACCAGUUCUUCAAAUGGAUCGGAAACAUCAUCAAAUGCAAGUUCAUCAAAUCGACGGGGUAAGGGUAAGCUGCGACCAGACUACAAACGCCGUAUCAUGCUACCUUAUUCUUACGUCGAGAUGAUCACUAUGGCCAUUAAAUCUUCAUCUUCUGAUAAACUGACUCUUCGAGACAUUACCAACUUCAUGCAAGACAAAUUCCAUUGCUUUCGUGGCGAAUACGUCGGAUGGAAGAACAGUGUUAGACACAAUCUAUCUGCUAGUGAGUGCUUCAAGAUGUGUAUAAGAGACAGCAAACAGACAAAAAAUUAA